AUUAUUAUUUUCAAAUUUGAUCAUUUUAAAGUACUUUAGUAGUGUAGGGUCCAACUUUCUCAUCACCACAUUUUUGUUAUAUGGAUAUACUCAAAUCACUUAGACGUUUGUAUGUUGCAUAUUUGACACUAUGUAUCUAAAUCCAAAUGCUUACCAAGAUUAAAUAUUUUCAUUUCGAUGUACAUUUCAUAAACCACUUUCAUCAUACACCACUCUUUCUUUUAUCGAAUAGCACGUAAUUGACAUACACUAUGCUAAUUUCAAUAACACAUCACAAGCCAAAAUUAAUAGUUCCCGCUAUAGUGACACCUCGGGGUACUAAACAUCUUUCUGACAUAGAUGAUCAAGGGAGUCUUCGUUUCCAAAUUCCGAUAAUAAUGUUUUACAAAUAUAAUUCUUCAAUGAAAGGCAAAGAUCCUGCAAAAUUUAUCAAUGAUGGAUUGUCUAAAGCACUAGUGUUUUACUAUCCAUUAGCUGGUAGGCUCAUCGAAGGGCCUAAUAGGAAGCUUAUGGUAAAUUGCAAUGGUGAAGGAAUUUUGUUUGUUGAAGCUGAUGCACAUGUGGAGCUUGAGAAAUUAGGUGACUCCAUUAAACCACCAUGUCCAUACUUGGAUUUACUACUGCACAAUAUUCCUGGUUCUGAUGGAAUCAUUGGCUGCCCUCUUUUGUUAGUUCAGGUGACCCGUUUUAGCUGCGGUGGAUUUGCUAUCGGAUUCAGACUUAAUCACACUAUGAUGGAUGCCUAUGGCUUGAAUAUGUUUCUAAAUGCAUUAAGUGAAUUAAUUCAAGGAGCAUUUGCACCUACUAUAUUACCUGUAUGGGAAAGGGAUCUCCUAAGUGCUAGAUCAUCGCCAUGCAUUACAUGUAUUCACCAUGAGUUUGAUGAGCAAAUUGAAUCAAAAAUUGCAUGGGAAUCUUUGGAAGACAAGUUGAUCCAGAAUUCAUUUUUCUUUGGAAAUAAGGAGAUGGAAGCCAUUAGAAUUCAAGUUUCUCCAAAUUGUGAAAUAACAAAAUUUGAGCUACUAGUGGCGUUUUUAUGGAAGUGUCGUACAAUUGCUCUUGAUUUGCACCCUGAAGAAAUUGUUCAGUUGACGUAUCCUAUUAACAUACGUGGAAAAUCACUAAAAUUUGAACUUCCAUCUGGAUAUUAUGGGAAUGCGUUCAUUAGUCCAUUUGCAGUAUCAAAAGCAGGACUCUUAUGUUCAAAUCCACUGAUGUAUGCCGUUGAAUUGAUCAAGAAACUUAAAGAUCAUAUGAAUGAAGAAUAUAUAAGAUCAAUAACAGAUUUAAUGGUGAUUAAAGGGCGACCAGAGGUUACAAAAUCAUGGAAUUUUAUAAUCGCAGAUAAUAGAUCUGCUGGAUUUGAUGAAUUUGAUUUUGGAUGGGGAAAGCCCAUUUUUGGAGGGGUUCCUGAUGCUAUAUCUCACAUUAGUUUUGGUGUGCCAGUUAAAAAUGACAAGGGAGAAAAGGGUACUUUGAUAGCCAUAAGUUUGCCUCCAUUGGCCAUGAAAAAAUUUCAAGAGGUUGUCUACAAGAUGACUUUAAAAAAUGUGGAAGGAGUCGACAUAAUUUCAAAGAUGUAAGUUUUGUUCUUCGUUUCUACCUCACCAAUGCGUCUUUUGGUUUCAUCCUUUUUAUAUUAGAAAGUACGUGUAAGUCAUGUUUGAUAUUUUAUGAAUCAAAGUAUCUGUUUCAAUA